UGUGUGGUGGUUUAGUGUGUGUGUGUGUGUGGGGUGUGUGAGGUAGUUUGGUGUGUGUGUGGGGUGUGUGCAGUGUGUGAGGUGUGUGUGAGGUGGAGAUUCAGGGCGUUUAUUAACUCCAACUGGUUAAAAGCCGCGUCUCUCCUGCUGCGCUGACCUGCUGCGCUGACCUGCUCAGCCUCAGCGUCCAGUUUACAGACGUUUUCCUUUGCCGUGUUUGGAGGGUCUCGUUGCUCAAGCCGAAGCAGAAUAGUCCGGAAAACUGUCAGCAAUGUUUGGCAGGAAGAAUAAACGAGCGGCGAUGCCGAAAGGCCAAGGAGCUGCUGCAGCCAAACAGAUGGGAUUGUUCCUUGAUUUCAAGCCGGAGGAUAUGAUGGAGAUGAGCCAGGAUGUGGACGAUCCGGAUUUGGAGGCUGAAUUUGCUGCCAUCGUUGGGAAAAAACCCGCCGCUGCCGCCCGAGGAAAAAAAGGUGCCAAAGCUCCGCUCCCAAUGGAGGACAUUGAGAAGAUGACUGAGGCGUGCAUGAAAGACAUUGAUGAUGACGAUGAUGAUGACAACCUGGAGGAUGACGAAGAUCUCUUGGCUGAGCUGCAGGAAGUGGUGGGUGAAGAGGAAACAGAAGACUCGGGGGCAGAAACCCAAACCUCACCCUGUGAUGAAGACACGCCGAUAGGUCAGCCGGUACAGCAGGAAAGGAAGCCGUCCGCAGUAGUGGGCAGUGUCGAGCACACUCUGGAGGAGAGAAUCUCCAUGUACAGAACAGCCAUAACCAACGCCAAGACUGCAGGAGAGUCAACUAAAGCCAGGAGAUACGAGAGGGGGCUGAAGACCCUGCAGAGCAUGCUGUCAUCCGUACGGAAAGGAGGGAAAAUAAACGAAGCGGAGAUUCCUCCUCCAGUCUCAUGCGGGGUCCCUGACGGCCCCCCUCGACCCCCGGCUCCAGCCGCAGGUGCGGCAACACCUGAGCUAGAGUCACCUGAGGAGCAUGCAGAGUCAGACAGUGCUGUGGAAACCACUCCUGUUUCCAUGGAGACCGCUUCCAUUUCCAUGCAGCCAGCUGCCAGCAGUGAAGAAGGGCCUUCCUGCACAGCGUCGCCGGAGGAGGAGCAGGGAGGAGGCGUCUCGGAAUCCCCUGCAGGCCCUCCAGAGCCUCCUCUGAGACAGCCCACCAAGGAGAUGCUGCUGGAGAGACAGAAGGAGUACAGAAUGGCUGCUCUGAAGGCAAAACAGGCUGGAGAUAUAGAAAAAGCCAAAAUGCACAUCAAGGCUAGCAAGGGUUUUGACGCAGUGAUUGAGGCACUGGAGAAAGGACAGCCGGUCGAUCUGAACAGCCUCCCUCCUUCACUGUCAGCAGCUGCUGCUGUAGUGAAGGAGGCGCCACCACAGCCAGCUGUGAAAGUCUCCCCAGCGUCACCUGAUGCUCAGGCACCUGAAGCUCCCGUAAGCCAGUCUGGUCCAGUUCAGCCCAAAACGGUACUGGAAGCUUUGGAGCAGAGAAUGGCCAAGUAUAAAGAAGCCUGUGCUCAGGCCAAGGCCAGCGGGGAUGACCGCAAGGCCCGCAUGCACGACCGUAUCGCCAAGCAAUACCAAAGUGCCAUUCGCUCCCAUAAAGCAGGACGACCUGUCAACUAUGAUGAACUACCAGUGCCGCCAGGGUUUCCUCCGAUCCCAGGCCAGCAGGCAGCGGCACCUGAGCAGGGGUUCGCUGCUGUGCUGGAAACCGCCAAUAAGCUGGCCUCGAACGAAGCAGAUGCUGGGGACGAGGAUGAGGAAGAGGAAGGAGAGAAGAAGGAGAAAGAAACUAAGGAGACCAAGGCCCCCCCACCAGAAAGCCAGAAGAAGCCAACAAUGGCGGUGCCUCCAACAGUUCAGCACCCAAAAAGAAGCCCUUCACCCUCUCCAGACAGAACAGAUAAGAGAGAGAAUCUCUCAGCUGCAGCCUCACAGCAGCUGGAGUUUCUGGAAGGCCGUAAGAAGCAGUACAUGAAGGCAGCGCUGCAGGCCAAGCAGAAGAACGACGUGGAGCAGGCGAAGAUCUACCUCCGCACAGCAAAGGGCCUCGAGCCCAUGAUCGAAGCAGCGCGGAGCGGCAAAGCUGUGGACAUCAGCAAGGUGCCUUCGCCUCCUGGUGAUGAAGAUGAGGAUUUUAUUCUGGUUCAUCACAGUGAUGUUCAGAGCUCUGAGAAGGCUGAGGAAGUGUACAGCCAGCUCAGUAAACUACUGCAGGAGCAGUACGAGAAAUGUAUGACCUUCUCCAAGCAGUUCACUCACACGGGGAACAUUGCAGAGACCACCAAAUUUGAGAAGAUGGCAGAGAGAUGUAAGAAGAGUCUGGAGAUCCUGAAGCUGGCCCAGAACCGCGGGCUAGAACCACCAAAGCACCACUUUGAAGAGAGAACCUACCGCACUGUCAGGAUAUUUCCAGAGCUCAGUAGCACCGACAUGGUGAUCAUGGUUGUACGAGGCAUGAACCUUCCUGCUCCUCACGGUGUUGCAUCAAAUGACCUGGAUGCUUACGUGAAGUUUGACUUCCCGUACCCCAGUUCAGAUCAACCUCAGAAACACAAAACUGCAGUUGUCAAAAACACCAACAGUCCAGAGUACAACCAGAGCUUCACCUUAAACAUAAACCGUAACCACCGCGGCUUCAGGAGAGUGGUGCAGUCCAAAGGCCUCAAACUGGAAGUCUUCCAUAAAGGUGGUUUUCUGAGGAGUGAUAAGCCUGUAGGAACGGCCCUCAUCAAACUGGAGAAGCUGGAGACGCAGAGUGAAGUGCGUGAGAUUGUGGAGGUGAUGGAUGGCCGGAAGCCCACCGGUGGUCGUUUGGAGGUGAGGGUUCGUCUCAGAGAGCCGCUGAGUGGACAGGACCUCCAGACAGUUACUGAGCGCUGGCUAGUUCUGGACCAGUCAUAGGGCGUGAGGUCAUCAGCCUGGCCAUCUUCAGACCGAUCUGACUGGACGUUGCGCUCGCUCCAGCGUGCUGCUGUACUCUAGGCUAGGAAUACAUAUUGGGAGAAAUCUCAUGUUCUUGCAUGAAGCGACACGGAGGUGUGUUCACACGUUUACGGGAUGAAACGUCUCACAACGAGGAACCGGAGCUCAGUGGUGGGGCUGGGGAGGCUAAAGCAUACAGCACAUGUUCCAAUUGAUUUAGAUUUCACUUCCCUUCUUUUGAAAUGACCUCGAAGUGUCAUAGUAGUAAAGUAGGUCUAGAGAAAACUAAUUUAUUUGCUGCUCUGGGAUGCGUCUAUGCACUAAUACCAAAGUGAUCACUGUUGCUGUAGUACAACUACUAAAACUGUUCUCGCGUUGAAGCACAUACUGCUGCCACGUCAGGCUUAAUACUGAUUACGUAGGAUUGAUGAAUCUAUGCACUGAAUCCCAAAAGGUUUUAUAAGACACUGCAACACUUGUUUAUACGAUAAAGCAAAAUUCAUUGCACGGAUAGACACGGGUCACCCUGAAGCUCGCCCUGCCCUGAGAGCGCUCGUCAGAUUGUUCUGUUCGCACCAUUUAAAGCCAUAAUCUAAUGCAAACUGAAGCGGUAUUAGGCUUCAUAAGCUCUGCUUGCCCGGCAGGCCGUCACUUUGACUGGAACAGGUACUCAAACUGAAGCGAAAAUCAGUUGCUACUACCAGCCCAGAAGAGUUCAGCUUCACGGUGUGCAUGGGAUUCAGUUACUGCACUUCGAAAAAAAAAAAGAUCACUCUAAAGGGGAAUUCCACCGUUUUUUCCCCCAAAUUUCCGCACAAUUCAGAGGUCGCAAUGCAGUCUUUCUUAUCGGCUUCUUUACAGUGGCGGUGAUGGGAACCGGGGGUGGGUCGCCAUGACAACAACACAAAUAUAGACAUUUCGUUUACCAUCCAGAACCACCAGAGAACCUACACAUACCUGAAAAUAUGGGGGGGGGGGUCUUUAGGGACCGUUUUUCCUCAGCAUGUAUCGCUUCACCAUGAACGGCUUUAAAAAAAAAAUCUGUGUUGGAGCAAAAUUUUCUCCAAACCAUCAUAAAAUAGUGUGUCAGUCAUCGUUUAAUAUCUUUCUGUGAGGAGCUUUUAGAGGUGGACGUCCGGUUCCUAUCACCACCACUGUGAAUAUUUCUGUUUCUUUACUGAGCAUUUCACACCAAACCGAUCUGAACGAUCGUUGAAUUAUGGAAAAUUGGGUGGAGUUCCCCUUUGAUGCUCUUAGCCAUGUUUACACGCUCUGUUGUGCAAAUCAGACAAUGCUGUAUGAUGAUUAGUCCUUUUUUUUUAAGAUAGAGGAUUCCUUAUAUUGCCAACUUAAGUGGUUGCCAUAGAAAUAUACUUUAUUUAAAAGCGCUUUCAUGUUUAUAAAACUAGAAGACAACAUAUAUACACACACACACACACACACACACACACACACACACACACACACAACCCUCAGGCGACACACUGUAGAACACGGAUGCUUUUCCCUCACUGGGACCUGUUGGAUAUGCAGUCUUGUCAAUAUUACUCUGAAUCUGUUGGGAAUAAACGUAUUGAUGCUUUAAUAGUAGAUGUUGAACGUUUAACCCCAAAUCUGAACUGGAACUGAUUUCGUUUGAAAGAUCUUAUUAGAUCCAGAUUAUUUUAGGGGUCCUUUCACUACAUUAUGGUUCUUCCAUUUCAAAGUCAUAUUAAAGGAAUAUUCCUGCAUUUAACAAGCUAACGUCUAUCAGCUGUGAUAUGAUUAACACAGACAAUAGUUUUGAGACGUUCCCUAAACGAGCAAGUUUGUGCACUUGCUCAGAACACAUUCAUAGCAGAGGUCCGUGGGUCGGCACCGACGCGGCAGCCCACUGGAUGGUAUUAUACGUUUUCAGUCACCUUACGUUCGGUUCUUUUCCACGUUCAGGGAAAAGCCUCAACAUCGUUGUCUGUGGUAACUGACCAUGUACUAUAGAUGCAAGACGUUAAGGAGAAAAGGCGAUUAUUCUCUGUUUUGGCGAAGUUUAUCGUUUGAGUGGGCUUAGACUGUUGCAGAAAGUUUGUUGAAUGAAUGUUUUAUCAUUAAAAGAAAGUCAUAAUUCUG